GAGUUUGGUGAUUUAUGAACAGUGGAUGCAUGCAUUGAAUGUUAUAUAUAUGAAUGCCAAUCUAGUCUGAGCACUGACACUCACUGCAUUAUCUAUAAGUUUUUGUGUGUGAUGAUAACACCGACAACCAUGUCAAUGAAGAAUCCAGUUGGUUUAAGAUUGAUGAUGUUUAUUCUGUUUGUGGUGUCGCAGGUUGUUAAUGGAGAACAGCAAAUCAGAUGCCUUCCAAAGGAGAGGGAAGCACUCCUCCAAUUCAAGGCUGCCAUUGAUGACAACGACAUGCUCUCAUCUUGGAUCACUCCUCACUGCUGCCAAUGGGAGGGGAUUCGCUGCAGCAACCUCACCUCCCAUAUUAUAAGCCUCGACCUUCAUGGAGAUGGAGAAGAACGUUAUAUGAGCGGAGAGAUCCACAAGUCGUUGAUGGAGUUGCCACAAUUACAGUAUUUGAACCUCAGUCAUAAUGAUUUUCCAGACAGUCCCAUCCCAGAGUUUCUUGGUUCUCUCAAAAACUUGAAAUACCUUGAUCUCUCUUCAUGUUAUUUUGGCGGAAGAAUUCCAAGUCAAUUAGGCUCUCUUUCUCAUUUGGAAUACUUAAAUCUUGCUUAUAAUUCUCUGAACGGAUCAAUCCCUUAUCAGCUUGGAAAUCUCUCCCAAUUGCAGCAUCUUGAUCUCAGAAGCAAUUAUUUCGAAGGAAAUAUACCUCCUCAACUUGGAAAUCUCUCCCAAUUGCAUGAGCUCUAUCUUGGAGGAUAUUAUGGUAAUCCCAAAAUUAGUGACGGAGGUCAGUGGCUCUCAAAUCUCAUUUUUUUAACCCAUCUUUACUUGUACUCUGUAUCAAAUCUUACUUCUCAUACUUGGUUGCAAGUGAUUGCAAAGCUACCCAAACUAAGAGAACUAAGUUUAGUUGAUUGUAGCCUUUCCGAUCAUUUCAUUCUGUCAUCCGUGCCUGCUAAGUUUAAUUCUUCUAGUUCCCUCUUUGUCCUUGAUCUUUCUCGUAACACCUUCACAUCACCAAUGGUAUUCCAGUGGGUCUCAAACAUCACUUCCAACCUUGUUGACCUUGACCUUAGUCGUAACCUCUUGAAGGGUUCCACAUCAAGUGAUUUUGGCAACGUCAUGAAUUCGCUUAGGCAUCUUCACCUCUCCAUUAAUAAUUUCAAGGCCAGGGAUUUGAAAUCCUUUAAUAAUAUAUCCACCUUACAUUCUUUAUACAUGGCUUCAAACAAUUUGACUGAAGGCCUUCCAUCCAUUCUUAGUAACUUGUCCAGUGGAUGCGUUAGACACUCAUUGCAAGAAUUGGAUCUGUCAGGGAAUCACAUCACUGGCACUUUGUCUGACAUUUCAGUAUUCUCCUCUUUGAAAACAUUGCUUCUUGAAUUAAAUCGGUUAACUGGAAGGAUACCGGAAGGUGUGAAGUUACCGUCCACUUUGGAGUAUUUGUCAGUUGAGUCAAAUUUCUUACAAGGUGGAAUUCCAAAAUCAUUUGGCAAUGCAUGUUCUUUGUUUUUAUUGGACAUCUCUAUGAAUGGCCUGACUGAUGAGCUUCCGAUGAUAAUUUCUCACUUGUCUGGAUGUGCUAGAUAUUCAUUGCAAGUAUUACAUCUAGACGUGAAUCAAAUCAAUGGCACACUACCUGACUUCUCAACAUUCACAUCUUUAAAAGAUUUAUAUCUUUCUGAAAAUAAGCUAAAUGGAGAGAUUCCUAAGGACAUUCAAUUUCCACCUAAAUUGGAAGACCUCGACAUCUCUUCAAAUUGUUUAAAGGGUGUGCUGACUGACUACCACUUUUCUAAUAUGUCUAAGUUAGAGUACUUGGAUUUAUCUGACAACUCAUUGGGCUUGGCAUUUACUCAAAACUGGGUUCCACCUUUUCAAUUGCUAUCUAUAUACUUGAGAUCCUGCCAGCUAGGUCCAACAUUUCCCAUGUGGUUGCAGACACAAAAUAAAUUUGUCCAUAUUGACAUUUCAAAUGCUACAAUAUCAGAUAUUACUCCUGAAUGGUUUUGGGCUAAAUUACCUCUACAAAAAGUGAUGACAGUGAAUAUUUCAUACAACAAUCUACAAGGCACUUGAAAUCCAUCCUCUUGGACGACUCCACCUUUGAGCUUGUUAUGUUUGGACAAGGCAAUAGUUUCAUUAAAUUAUAAACGCCAUUAAGCAUUGUGCUUGUAGUGAAAAAUAAAUUGUCAUACAUAUUAUUAGCAAUUCACUCUUUUUUUUUUCUUAUAA